GAAAGGGCGCUGCUUCGCUCCCGGACUUCCCAGAGCCUGCUUGGAGCGCGCACUCAGCGGCUCUCGGGUCCCCGCGUCCCAGCGUCCCAGCCGCGGCCCGCUCCUCCUCCUCCUCCUCCUCCUCCUCCUCCUCCUCCUCCUCCCUGGGCGCCCCUUGCCCCCGCCUUUCAGUAGCUGCUAGGCUCGGGCUGCGGCCCCCCCAGCCCCUACUCGGCCACCUCCCCAACUCUCUGGGGUCCCUCCGGGAACGCGCGUCCUCGCCCCAUCCUUUCUUCCUUCCUUCCCCCGCGCCCGCCCUCGCUCUCCAGGUCUCCCGCCCGGUCCCGGUGGCCUCGGUCCCCGCUCGGUCAGCCGGCGCCUCGCCCUGCCCGGAGCCUCCCGCGCACUUCCUGAGGCGCCCGCCCCGCGCCGCGCCGCUCCCGGGAGCCCGAGCCGCCGCUGCCCGGCACAGCCCGCCGCGCCCGGGGAAGGGAAGAGUGGGCGAGCGCCCCGCGCCCAGCCCCGCGCCCAGCCCUGCCCGGCGAGGGAGCACCGGGAAGAUGAACAACGGCGUCAAAGCCGAGAAGGAGAACACCGCGAGCGAGGCCAACCUUCAGGAGGAAGAGGUCCGGACCCUAUUUGUCAGUGGUCUGCCCCUGGACAUCAAACCUCGGGAGCUCUAUCUGCUUUUCAGACCAUUUAAGGGCUAUGAGGGUUCUCUUAUAAAGCUCACAUCUAAGCAGCCCGUAGGUUUUGUGAGUUUUGACAGUCGCUCAGAAGCAGAAGCUGCGAAGAAUGCUUUGAAUGGCAUCCGCUUCGAUCCUGAAAUUCCGCAAACACUACGACUAGAGUUUGCUAAGGCAAACACGAAGAUGGCCAAGAACAAACUAGUAGGGACUCCAAACCCCAGUACUCCUCUGCCCAACACUGUACCUCAGUUCAUUGCCAGAGAGCCAUAUGAGCUCACAGUGCCUGCACUUUACCCCAGUAGCCCUGAAGUGUGGGCCCCGUACCCUCUGUACCCAGCGGAGUUAGCGCCUGCUCUACCUCCUCCUGCUUUCACCUAUCCCGCUUCACUGCAUGCCCAGGACUUACGAGGACCAUCUGACAGCAAUGAUGUCACCCACUGCCUGAUGUUUGCCCAAACAACACCUCUCUCUUCCUUCAUGACCUCACCCUCAUGUCACCCACGAGGGACCGGGCCCAGGUGACCUCGCCAGCUCCCAGCCAGCUAGAGGCGUCACCAGCGCGUAGAUGUGUGCGCCUUGUCGUGUGGAAGGGCCGCAGGGGAGGUGUGUGCUUGUCGUAGGAGUUACGUGUCUGCGUGUGUUUCUGCGCUCUGGGAGAUUUUUCUCUCGUGUUCUCUGGUAGCUAGUGACCAAACGGGAAGUUGGGAGCUUCUAGGAAUAUGUUACAGAAGAAAUUAAGGGUUUCUUUUUCCCAGUAUCAGGAAAUCCUGAAGAAAAAGUAUAAAAUAGUGUCUAGAAUGUAAUUGCAGGUCAAAGUAGAGGCCUUUAUUCUGACCAGCUUUUUUUUUAAAGUUAAGAAUAGCCUGAGAUUUAUAAAUUCCCUUGUUUGUUCACAAAGAUUACUGUCUACCUACCAACCCUUUCUCCCCCCUUGGAAAGAAAAGCUUUGCUUUUAGUGUAAGUAAUAGUCAGUAUUACGAUUCAUGGUGAUGAUCAGUAGCAAGAAAGAUAGGAGAGUCAAGGUUUCACUUGUCUACUGCAUGUGUAACUCCUCUAAAAGCAGGAAAGCCUGGUUUUUUAAGACGUGUUGGCUUGGACAGGUGGGGUUUUUGUUUGUCUAUUUUGCUUAGUGUUUAUUUCCAAGGCUGGAUGAAAUAAACAGCUUCCUAGAGUACUCUUCCUUCAGACUGAAGCCUUCUGUGUUGUACAGAACUCACCGUAUUGUGUAAGACCCUACAACAGUCCCAGUGAAGGUUCCCACAGGGCGUGGGGCCAGGCGUGCUGUCGGCUGACUGUCCUUCCAUUCUUUGGCUGAGCUCUAAAUGCUUCCUGCGUGCACUGACAACCGGCUUCCCAGGCCUCGUGCAGGCGAGCUGAGAGAGAGCCUGGGAGCCUAGGCAGUGGCUACUCUCUGUGCUGGCAGGAGGCGGCAGAAAGUAGUGAAGAAAAACGCAGGUGGCACUUGGUCCGGAAAAUAAAGUAACAAGAUUAUUCUGAGACUAAUUCCCCUUUUCUAGAUUAGCUGUGCUUUCCGCUGCUUUUUCCACCUUUUGUCCAUGUCUGUGCUUGGUCACCUGGAGAUGGCAGGUAGAGGAAGGAGGGGUAGAACAUAAACCUGUGGGUAUCUUCUGCUGAGUCAUCAUCCUGCUCAGAGUGGGCUUGGAGAUCACUUGUAGAUGACGGGGAAAGCGCCCCCUCUGUUUGGGCCCAUGCACCCCACCCUACCAUCUGCGAAUGUGUCUCUUCUCCUCUUCCUCUUGCUAGAUUGCCCAGAAUAUGGAUCAGUUGACAAUUGAGGCAAGUGUUAGUAAAUACCAUAAAAUAGUGCCAAGUUCACGUGGUCAUCUGAAUAUCCUUGGCUUUGGUUAAUAAGCACCAAAGCUUUUCACCAUUGCUCUGGACAAGCAGGGAUUGACAGUGGCCAGAAAGGACUGGGAAUAGUGGCUUUUGGCCAUGGCAUCUGGGUAAUUUGCCCUUCCUUCAUCCAUAUAACAGAUGAAAUGAAAAGUAGUACCUGGAGAUAUGGUGAGAAAAGGCGCUCAAGAGCCAUAAGAGAUUAGAAAGCCCAGGCCAUUGUGAGAAAGGAUGGGAGAGGAAGCGCCAAAAUAAGAUGGACUCAACCCUUUGGCUUCAUGGGAUAUGUUGCCCAGGGCGGCACCUUCCCUGUGAGUUCUUCCUUGAUCUGGAGACCCUCCCAACCUGGACUCCCCUUGGUUCUGCCACAUCGACCAUAGAGGUGGUGGAACUCUCAUCUGGUACCAGAGAGGUCCUUGUGCUCAGCCCCACUUCCUGUUCCGAGUCAUUCCCAGUGCGAGCGUGGGUUCUGUAUCCUAAAGACUCAUGGACAGACAUGGUCAUUUAAAUAUCUGUGUCCAAUACGAGCAUCAUAGAACAGACUGGCAGAGGCUUUACAGACCACCUGGUCUGACCAUUUUACAGAUGAGGAAACAGACCGGAGAAGGUGGGGAGAGUUACCCCAAUCGCGAGUGGCUCUGCCAUGACGAGCCAGGUCCCCCGCCUCCCGGCCCGGCUCUUCCUGCCGCCGUGCUGGCUCAGCAGGCUUACUCUCUGAUGGAGUUCUGAAAAAGCCUCACUCCAGUGACUCCUUGGAUCUUUCUCUUCUAAGUAGAUAAGAAGCCUCUACGAAGAGACUUGGAGGCAAAGUCAAGGGAAUCAGAACUUAAGCUUCACCAAAGGGCCUAAGAGAGUUGUUAUUACCUGGAGGUAGAGACCGACACGGAGCAUCCCCUUAGUUGCUAAUUCCGUUUUGGUUUGGAGAUCCUUAUUACAUGUCUUUGGAGAAGCUUUUAAAUUAUUUUGCUUUUCUCAGCAAUGUUGUGCUCUGUUUUGAGACAUGGAUUUUUUUUUUC